AAGACCCUUACCCUAGCUGUCCGGAAGUCAGUAUUCUGCUAGGAGCCUUCAGAUGAAGAUAUAGAACUCUCAGCUCCUCCUGCACCAUGCCUGCCUGAAUACUGCCAUGUUCCUGCUUUGAGGAUAAUGGACUGAACCUCUGACUGAACCUUAUCAAGCACUGAAGUGAAAUUCACAGAAGAGCACAAAACAGAAAACAGCGUUGAAAGCACAGAGUCAAUGCUUAUGCCUGAGUGUCUUCUACAGAAGAUCAAUGUGAGUCAUUUACCUGGGCAGGCAAAUCAAAGGAGAAAAACUAUUACAAGUGGAGAAAUGAAAGGCUCUCCGAAGGAAUAUCCUCCUCAAUUCAAGGAAUCUACCAUUCAGAGGGGAAGCGCAUUUGAAUACACAGCAGUGGUAGGCAUGCAUGCAAGCACAAGUGAAUCAGAAGAAUUAGGAAAUGAAGAAAGGGCAGUGGAAGAGCUCAAAAGGCACGGGAGCCAUCAAAGUCUCCAGUCGUGGACUACCUCUGAGACUUUUUCACUGGAUGAUGUGGUUCAUUUAGCUAAGACUAUGGAUGAAAGACCAGGAACUACCACAAAUACAGAAGUUAAAGCUACAAAGAAAGAAAUGGCAUCAACAGAAGAGCCCAGGAGGAACAGUGGGAAAGAAAAAGUCACACCUUUGAUUGUUUCUUCACUUCCUUCAACAAGAGAGCAUCUGGGCCACUUAGCCACCACUGUGCAUCAAAGAAGAGAAAAUAACACAAGUCUAGAAAUGAAUGGUCCAUGCAACGAAGAGAUAUCAACAGAAAAUGACCAAAAUUGUGAUAGCCAUGAAAGUGUUCGGUCAUUGAGCAUCUCUGAGGCACUUGCACAGGAGGAUGUUGUCCACUUACCCAAGACUGCAGAUCAGAGAGGAGAACAUGUGGCAAGUGGACGAAUGAAAGGAAAACCAAGCUUAUAUGUGACAUGCAGAGACCAGAAUGGGGAAAAUGGCAGUAAGAACAACCAGCCAUUGCUUAAACAUAAAAGGAAGACAAGACUCAGCAACAAGAUGGACACAGUAGAAAAGCCAUCUUAUGGCAACACUACUGCUGCUGGUGGUAGUGAUGGUGAUAAUGCAGCUGCUAUUUUUGAUACUGCUGUGAGAAAUGGAUUCAUCCAACAAAUGCAUUGUGGGAAGGCUAGUAACCAUCAAUAUCCUGUUACACAAAAAAAGCAUGUUAGGUGUGCCAGAACUCCUGGGAGACCAACUCUCUAUCGGCUGGAUUUGGGUAUCAGGAAAAACAUCUUAAGAAAAAUUCUUCAUGCUGACUAAGAAAACAUCCAGUGAAAAGAAUAAGGCUCUAAAGUACGCGGAUGCUAUGGAUGACCACCAGUUAUCCGAAUCACUCUCUGAGGAUUAUGAUUUGCCUGAUUAUGACAAUAUAUUGAUGAUAGUUGACCAACUUCAAAUGAACUAUAAAGAUUCUGGAAAACCAUUGGAAAUCCAGGAUGCGGUUCAUUCAUAUAAAAUGAUAGUAGAGCGUAACCAAAAUCACUCGGAAUUGCUUAUCGAAAAAAGUAAGAACAAGAGAAACCAAGGUCACAGGGUGAUGAAGAAGCCAGGAGAAACAGAAAAAGCAAAACUGCAGCUCAGAUGCAGACGUGAAGAGCAGCAACUAGAUCUCCUCGAUGUGGGAUCGCCUGAAAAACAAGACAUGCAGCAAAGAAAUCCUGAUGGUUGGUAUGAAGAAAUGAAGAAAGAAUUAACUGAAAAGGACCCACAACACGGAAGAGAAAAGCAACAACUUGAACUGCGCCUUAGAGCACAGGAUAUGGAGCUGCAGCAUCUCAGAAAUGAUAUAAAUAAGUUGCAAGAAGCACAGCAUCCAGAGACAGAGGCUGGACAUGGUGACAGCAUGACGAAGGGACACCUGCAAAAGGUUGAACAUGAAGUUUUCAAGUUAGUAGAAACCAUCAAAAAGCAAUCAGAGACCAUAGAACAGCUUGAGAGAAAACUAGCAAAUGAAGAUAAGAUAUUGACAGGAACUGGGCAUCUGACACAAGCAGGACGAGAUUUCUUUAAUGCUUUCAGAGAAAUGUAUACUACUUCAGUAAUGAGCCAGUUGGAACUCAGAAUUCAACAUCUGGAAAGGGAAUUCUCUGAAAUGAAGACCCGAACAUGGGAGAAUGGUGUGGUGCUGGAAAACUAUGUCAAACUUCAUCAGUCACAUAAGUUGAUGGAGACUGAAUCGAAGAUGAAGGAGGUCAUGUCCCAGUUUGCCAUGCUGACUCAGCACAACACUGCAUUACUAAACUUGCUGAGCUCUGUGUUUGCCUCUGAGUGUCCCUGCAAGGGACGAUCGAAAAGCCUCUUUACCCAAGAGAACAUGCUGACUUCCACUUCAGGCCCACAGCCCGCAAAUCAGUCCAUAAUAGCCCACCUGGAUGCGCCUGCGGAUGACAAUGAAGAUUUCAAUAAAGCACUCACCAAGUCGAUUCUGUCUCCACAAUCUGAGCUGCAUCAAAAAAAGGAGAAAUGUCUGGAAUCAGCUGAAGAGAAAACUCUAAGGAAAAAACGUUUUAAACCAACAAAAACAUCAACUGUGUGUGAAAAUGGAGAGCAUAGUUUCUUUGAAGUUUCAAACACCAGGCAAUUUGAAAAGAAUACUCCAGUUGAUGAACCACAACAUGAGAUAAUAAGAGAAGAUCAAGAAACUCUUGAUAACAUACCAGGGAACCACAAUACCUUGAUCAUAAGCCCAUGGGAAUACAGAUGUACAGAUCUGGAAUCUGAACACUCAGAAGAAAGAACUCAUCAUGCCUUCUGUAAAGCUGAACCCGAACAGUAUAAGGAUCCCUGUCUAGAAUGGGUACCAAUCACACGUUCACCAUCUCAAGGACAACUAAGGUCUAAGGACAGACAAGAUGGGCCCAUAAGAAAGAACUUUAAUAAAAUGGAAGCUUAUACUUCUACAUCAAACGCAUGCAUGAUGAGCUCUGGUCCAGAGUUUGGAUCUGGACAGCUCUACAACAGUUUGGGAUAUAGCAGAAAUUUCCUGCAAAGAGAACCCUUGAUGACAACCUCAAGACCACAGACCUUUGAGAAUUCAUUGAGCUUCCCAAACAGGGUAAGAGAAGAAAAUCAGCAAACUUCUUAUGACAAAGUAGGACACCAUAAUGCCUCACGCAUAAAGCCACAGAAAGCCACACUUUCAACCCUACAGUCCAAACACCCAGAAGUAACUCAUCAAGCCUCGUGUAAAGCAGAACCAAAACGCUAUGAGGAGCCACAUCCUGAAAGGAUACAGAUGACAAGCCCAUUAACUUAUGACCAACUCAAGUCUAAGGACAGGCAAGAUGAGUCUGUGAGGAGGAACUUUGUUAAAAUGGAGGCUUAUAGUUCUGUGCUAAACACGUAUACAACGACAAGCCCUGCUCCAGGGUUUGGAUCUGGACAGUGCUGCAACAGUUUGGAACACAGCAGAAGUUUCACGCCGCCAAUCUCCAGGCCAUGGCGUUUUGUGGAGAGUGUGGAUAGCUACCUAUGCAGGACAUGGCAGCAGUUACACUACCACUAUUAGAGAAGACAAAGAUGGUACGUUUCUGAAAUGCUCAAAUUAAGCUUAAUCAGUUCUGAAAUAAGUUAUCAUAAAUAAUAAAUGGCUUCCAUUCCCUUC